AUGGUCGACACACAGGAGCAGUCGAGAGCAUGGUACAAGGAAGCGGCCGUCUAUCAAAUCUGGCCUCAUUCCUUCGCAGACAGCAACGGCGAUGGUGUAGGCGAUUUGCAGGGUGCAAUUUCUAAGAUUGACUACCUUCAUGAGCUUGGCAUCGAUGUCGUGUGGUUUUCGCCCCUGUAUACCUCACCGAUGGAUGAUAUGGGGUACGACAUUUCAAACUAUUAUGAAAUAAACCCCCAGUACGGCACUAUGGAGGACUGGCAGAUGAUGUGCGACAAGCUCAAGGCGAAGGGCAUGAAGCUUGUGAUGGAUCUCGUGGUCAAUCACUGUUCAUCAGAGAGUCAGCUCUUCAUCGACAGCUGCAAUCGUGUCAAUGGCAAAGAUGACUGGUUCAUCUGGCGCGAUGCCAAAAUGGUCGACGGCAAGCGAACAGAACCAAACAACUGGCUUGCUGCUUUCCGAGGCAGCACCUGGGAAUGGAACGACAAGCGCCAGCAGUACUACUUGCACACUUUUGCAACAACUCAGCCUGACUUCAAUUGGGAGAACAAAGACGUACGUGCAGAGGUGCACAAGAUUAUGCGUUUCUGGAUGGAUAAAGGUGCUGCUGGCUUUCGUAUGGAUGUCAUCAACAUGAUUAGCAAGCAUCCAGACUUGCCAGACGCUCCCAUCACCAUCCCUGGCAGCAAGUACCAGCCCUUCAACCAGCUUGUCUUUAACGGUCCUCAUGUCCAUGAGUAUCUGCAAGAGCUCUAUACUGAGGUCUACAGCAAGUACGAAACCUGCUUCAAUGUCGGGGAGACACCCUGUGUCUCGCCUGCCGAUGGCCUCAAGUAUGUCGCGAAGUCACGCAACGAGCUGCAAAUGAUCUUUCAGUUCGAGCACGUCGACGUCGAUAUGGGCCCAGGAGGCAAGUUUACACCCACCAACGAACCCUGGAAGCUGUCAACACUCAAAGCCAUCCUGAACAAAUGGCAAGUUGCUAUGCAGGAAGGAGAUGGUUGGAACUCACUCUACUUGAGUAACCACGACCAGCCGCGUUGUGUCUCUCGCUACGGUGAUGAUUCGCCCGAGUGGCGUGAUGUAUCGGCACGGAUGCUGGCUCUUUUCCUUGUAUGCCAAGCGGGUACACCAUACAUCUACCAAGGUCAAGAGCUUGGCAUGAAGAACCGAUCAAGCUGGCCAAUUGAGGACCAACGCGAUCUCGAUUCCAUCAACUACUACAACGAAGUCAUUGCAGAACGGGCCGAGAAGCAACAGAUUCCAACCGAAAAGGUCGAUAUGUCGGAUGUCUUGGCUGAGAUUCAAAAGAAGUCUCGCGAUAAUGCGCGUACGCCUGUGCAUUGGUCUGCUGAAAAGUUUGCUGGCUUUUCCACCGUCGAGCCCUGGAUCGCUGUCAUGGACGACUAUCCUGAGUACAACGCCGCUGCACAAGUUGGCAAUGACGGAUCACACUACGAGUGGACGAAGGAGGUUCUCCGGUUUCGCAAGGACAAUGAUGUACUCAUAUAUGGCAUGUUCAAGUCAUAUGACGACGCACACGAGCAGAUUUACGCCUUCACGCGAACGAAUGGCAAGAGGGAAGUCCUUGUGCUUUGCAACUUUUCGAGCGAACAAGUUCAAUGGGCUGUUCCUGCAGAGUUAAGCAAGGCCGAGAGGAAGGUUCUGCUCAGUAACUAUACCUCCAGUGCUAGCCAACAGCAUGGAGAGUCGGUCACGUUGCAGCCAUGGGAAGCU